AUGAAAAGAAUCUUCUCUGGUACUAAGUCUCCGAAGUUACCUGCUCCCCCAAAAGUUUACAAGAACGAUGACAGUCCAUCCGCUCCAGGCUCUCCUAAAGUCGACCAAGGGCUUCGAAAUUUAACUGUAUCUGCAUCAAGAUUCUUCAGUAGCUCAUCAUCCAGUCCUGGAAGCCCCACAUUGAAUCUUCCCCAAGAACACUCUAUUAAUGGUGACAUCUCUCCAGAAUUAGUACCGAUUGUUACUUUACUUUCUGCGCAGGCUCACAGGAGAUACCACUAUGGAAUUCUCUUGAUAUUGCAUGAUUUAAAAACGGACGGUACACCUGCUGCCCGUCAAUGGGAAGAGUGCUAUGGUGUCCUGUUAGGUACCCAAUUGGCCUUAUGGGAUGCUAAUGAGCUUUCAAGCUCGAAGACAAAUAAAGAGGAUUCAAACCUGAAGAAAAUUGCAUCAAGACCCACUUUCAUCAAUUUUACAGAUGCUUCGGUAAGAAGUCUAGAUGCGAAUGAUGAUGUUACCAGUACGGGAGGCAACAAAAGUAAUAAAAGUGAUUUAGAAAAUGUUCUCGUUGUUUCCACAACUUUAAAAAACAGAUAUUUUCUAAAAUUUAGAAAUUCAGAAUCGUUCAAAAAUUGGAAUGCAGCAAUUAGGUUAAGUCUAUUCGAGUUCACUGCUUUACAAGAGGCUUACACAGGGUCGUUUCUUUCGAGUAGAGGCGUUAAGCUUGGUGAUAUUAAGGUCGUUAUGGCAGAUACAAAAUUUACCUACGAAGACUGGGUUAGCGUAAGAUUUGGUACAGGUAUGCCAUGGAAGCGUUGUUACGCAGUGAUUUCUCCACAACCCAACAAGAAAAAGAAAAAUUUAAAAGGUUCAAUAUGCUUUUAUGAAAAUGACAAGAAAACCAAAAAAUCAAAUGCCAUGACUACUGUUGUGGAUGCAAAGGCUUUGUAUGCUGUAUAUCCCUCCUCUCCGAUAUUGAUUGACACUUCUACAAUAAUAAAGUUGGAAGGGCUGGUUUCUUUUGAAAAACAUGAGGAACCUCAGGAGACCAACAUCUUCAUCAUGCCUGAAAAACACCAAGGUGUUCCUGGGUAUGAUACUAUUAUUCGAUUCUUAAUCCCAGCUAUGAAUGCUUUCUACUUAUAUGGGAGACCAAAAGGCCUUAUUGCCAAUAGAGUCGACCCUGGCUCUUUACUGUUUGCUUUGCCAACGCUGCCUCAUAUACAUUAUUUGCAAGUGGAUGAUGUUGUAUCGUUAACUAAAGAUAAGAACUAUUCACAUUGGAAUGCUGUUGAAUGGAGAAGUAAUAUCGUUCAAUUACUACAGAAGAAGCUAAAUAAGGGUUACAAAGGCUGUGGCACCAAGUYCGUACCUACUACAUCAGCCAUGGCAAAAUCCCCAGCAAUUAGCUCGGUAGAGUUGUUUGAUGGGUACGAUUCACUUCCUGCAAGCCAGUUAGAGAGCUUAGAAAACCCUAAUAUUAAGACUCGUUCCACAUUAGCGUUAACUGAUGAUGCUGAUUCACCUAACUCUGUGAAUUCUCAUGUCGCCUCUGCGAAACAAACCCUUUUGUCUGUGCCUGACAACUCCUCAAAAAUCAGUGAUUCUUUAUCCACUCAAUCCAGCGCUAUCACCAACUUCAAGGAUAGCUUUACCACUCCAAUGACAUCUGGGAUGCUCAAUCAAGAGAAUACGAAUAGAAGCUUGACAUCGGGUCUGAAGAUUGAAAUCACGGAUUCAAGUCUCAAAAGUACGGAAGAAGUCGAAGCGGACUCUUCCAACAACUUUUCCACGACACCGGAAGACAAGCAUAUACCACUGGCUAAUGCGCCUGACUUAUCUGCUCUUUAUGACAAAUACUCUACUUCGCCAUUUGGUAAAUCCGAGGCUAAUUUAAGUCCUAAGCCACAAACUUUAGAUGUCAACGAUCGAAUUGAAAGCGAAUGUAGAAGUCCUUAUGAGAGAUAUGUUGGAACAUCCGCUGAAAGUAAGAUAUUUGAAAUAGGUAAUGUGAGAGAAUCCAAGAGCACAAUCAACACGUGUCUAUCGUCACCUGUAAGGGUAGAGGAUAAUAGAUAUUCAAGAAAUGAGUAUAUGGGAUCGUUAGGAGAGUUUGAAGAGCUUUCCCGAAAGAUUAGCAAUAUGGGAGUAGGCAAUAUGUCUUCAGAGGCUCUAAAUGAAAAAUCAGAGGAUAAUUCUUUAGUAACGGAUUUGAACUUAGACAUUAGUACUGAUUCACCUACCACCUUACCUGAUGACCAACGUAAUCUGGAUUUCGGAGAAGCAAACGUAUUUGAUCCUGACUAUAUGGAACAAAACCAAAUGCUGGAAACGGAAAGUAGAUACACUACGGAUGAAUUUGACUUCUCUGAUAACCAGGAUGCAGGAUCAAGUAACUAUAGCAGUACACAGAUAAACCCAACGGAAACUGAGAAAUUUACUGUCAGCGGCAGGAAUGAGAAGAUACCUCAUUCUUCUCUGUUUACGAAUUUGAAACAGCUCACCUCAAAUGGAGGCGCCUACCAAAAUAUGAUAAAUGGUACUGAAUAUCAAACGAAACAAUCUCAACAAUUGCAAGCACCUCAUACAGGACCGCAAUCUCCGUCAUAUGCUAACAGAAAUUUACAAACCAACGCCUCACAGCCUUUGGCGUCAUAUCCCUCUGGCCGCCCAUUGGUCAAUAUAAGAACGGGCCCAUUGACCACUCAACCUAUGCAUCAGAGCGGGAACUCGCCAAUUAAUAAUCCCCAAUUUCCGCAACAGCGUUUCGCUCCCUCACAACAAUCGCAACAAGCACAAUUGCUUCCUCUGAGAAACGAUGUUUACCGGGGCAUUAACAACCAGAAUCCGUUAUACCCAUCACAGCAACAACCCCAAAAUAUGAGAUAUCCGAAUAAUAAAGCACCAAUAAAUAGUAGAGGCCCAGCACCAAUAAUACAGCCCAACAUACAAGAUAGCCGCUCUAAUCCUCCUAUAAAGAUCAAUAAUCACACAAAGCCACGUGUCACACCAGGCGGAUUUUCACAGUUUAUGCCACCUAAUAACACAUCAACUAACCCAUAUUCUAACUAG